AUGGCUGAAGAAAUAGGAUCGCAUGAUUUUAAAAACCUCAAGCUCGCAUAUAGAAUUUAUCGAGUCACAAGUCAAGACCAGAACUAUCCAGUAACAGAACUACUUAUCUCAGAUGUUAGUCAAACACGAGGAUGGAGAAGUCAACGGUUUUGAGACUAUCCCCAAGAACUCAUCUUGGAAUUCCCUUGAAAAAUAACUUUGAAUAAAGUAAACUUCUUGUUCCACAGUUCCAAAAUUCCAUCUGAAAUAGAAUGAUACAGCUUAUCAAAUCUCCGAGAACUAAAUCCAACGAACGAAGAUAAAGAAACGGGCGAUGUCAAGACCACCGAUGCUCCAGGAAUAGAAGAAGAAGAUAAGAAAAGAAAGGAGGAUGAAGAGAGUGAGAAGGAGGGAAAAGAAGAAGUUGUGCAAGAGAAGGACCAGAAGAAGAAAGACAGCUCUGGAGUUAAGAUUGAAGAAAAUCAAGGAGAAAUUCAGACAAAAGAAACUGACUUACAACCUGAUUCAGAACCUGCCAAACCUGAAGAAGGACCAAAGUUUUGGUUCUUUUAAAUGAAGUACUAAUGAAGAUACCAAUUUUACAGAACAAGAAGAAAAGAGCAUAGAAAUUUCAAAAGAGUGCCGAUAUUUCCUCAUAAAAAUAAUGAGAUGUCACAACAACAAGCUUAACCUGUUCAACCAGAUUAGUAUCAUGAACAUAUCAUGUUUCGGGGAUGUCUCUGGCUACGAAGAGAAGUACCUUAAAGGGCUCAUAAAUAUAAACCCUUCUGAAGCAAUCUUAAUGAACAGGACUUUGAAAGCAAUGAGAGGGCAACAGUUUGAUAAUGAAAAUGACGCAUACAAGAGCAUUCUCAGCUUCAAGAAAGAAGUGCCAAAAUUUAAGGACAAAAAUAUCCAGCUCUUUGACAGCAAAAUAGCCUCUCUCAACUGGGCGAAAGAAAAGGCUGCUGAAAAUGAAGAUUACCAAGAAGCUGAAAAAUUAAAACAAGUGAUUAAUAAAAUUGAGAAAUUAAAAUCUCACAUCAGAUCUCUGGAAGCCAAAAAGAAUGCUUACGCUAUGGAGGAGAACUAUGAGAAGGCUAAGAAGACCAAGACUGAGAUAAAUAGAGUAGUCAAUGUGGUAAUGAACAUCAACAGUAGGGGGUACAAACUUGACCAAACUCCUAAUACCUAUAAAAUACAGCCUAAACGAAUGUUCGAAAGGCACCAGAAUGCUCUAAAUUAUAGUGUAUACGAUGAAACUUAUUCGAAGGCCAGUAUCUUUGGUGACAAAAUGGGGGCUUUAAAUAUCAACCAAAGUGCAGCUAAUUAUAAUGAGAGUCUCCCUCAGAACAACUUAAAUAUCACUGAGAAUGAGAUCAUGCAAAGCAACCAGCAACGGUCAGUCAAAAAUCUUAAAUCCGUCUUGGGUCCUAAGAGAAUGGGAAUUUUGAAAUAUAAUUCGAACUCUCACAGUUCUGGAAAUGGUGGCUAUCUUUCCGAAACAGAGCAUUCUCACAUGAUUACCUCUAUUAGUGAUGUCAACUCUUCAAUGAACCAUGAGAGGUUUGGGAUUCCAAAGAAGCAGCUAAGAGUUGUCGAUCCUAAAGAUGAGCCUGAUAGCUUGAACCAAAAUAAGAGCGAUUUCCUCCCUCAAAUUGACUUUAAAGCUGAAAGUGCGAAGGCUCAGAGUCCUUUUAUUCAGAAAAAUUCUGAUAACAGAGUAGUACCAGGUGCCCUCAUGAGAAGACCCAUUGAUUUUAGUAAAGUAAUGGAGGAGAUCAAUGAGCAAGGAGAUUCUAAACCUAUAAUUGUUGAUGAAAUUGACCCUUCAGAGAUCCAUAGAGCAGAGCCAUACAACGAAUACUUCGACAAAGAUACUGUCAAACUCUUAUUUUCAAAGAAGUGGCAAAACAAAGAAGAAGGAUUCAAGAGAAUCACUAAAGAAUUCAAAGACUUAGUUAAGCAGGAUACUGAGUCAGGAGAUUCUGGAGGCCAAGCCUCAAGCUUCAAGGGUAAAAAGAAGGAAUGAAUGGAUCUGAUAAUAAACUGUAUUGAGAGAGGAAUUAAUGAGAAAAUCCUCCAUGUUAGGCUCCAAGCUUUGGAUUUCUUAAAAACUUUCCUCGAAGAAUGACCUGUAAGCCCAAUGGAUCUCCAGAACUUUGAAAAUGUAGUCGGUUUCUGAGUAGAAGGCCUUUCAGAAAAUAAUUUAAAACUUAAAGAAAAGUUUGAAGGCUCCCUCAAAGCCUCUCUUUCCUCAAAAAGUAGCAAUUAUUAUGACAUUUUGACAUUAAUUUUAAACAAAUUACCAAUCAAGAAUAAAGCUCAGCAGAAGCAUAAAUCCUCUCAGUUAAAAUUUGUGGUAAAGGCUCUAGAAAAUAUCACGCCUGAAGAGAACUCUGAGGAGUCUAAAGAGGCCCAGUCGAAGGAGGAUGCAUUUUUCACUCAACUUCUUGACUUCACCACUUCAUACAUUUAUAAAGAAAAGGUUUUCGGAAAGGAUGGAAAAGAAGGUAUCGAGAAAGCCUUUGUCCAAAUUUACAAAAGGAAGAAUUAUGACUUCAUCAAGGAGCAACUUGAGGCUCUUGACUCUUCCUCAUUGCAUAGUCUGGCAAGACACAUCCCUGAACUAAAAGCUUCAAUUGAUGAAAAAGAAGAAGCUGAAAGGAAAAGGAAAGAACAACUUGUGAUUGAUACAAAUAAAAGGCUAGCUUUGUUAAAAUAACGAACGAUUGAAGCGCAUUAAGAAUAGUUUAAGCAACAAACCAGUCACAGCAUAUACAAGCGAUAGAAAAUCAAGGGAAGAUACUCCAAAGAAGGAGCUUCGGGGAGGCUCAAAUAUCUCUCGGAAGCUCAGCAUAGGGGCAAGUAAUGAAAAAGACAAAGAAGCAGAAAAGGCUGAGAAGUUAGAAAAAUCUAAGAAAAAAUCGAAAAAGUCACACACAAAGACCAGCAUGGAGCUAAACAAAUCGAUUGAGGCAAAGGCAUCCAAGCGAAACCCCUCCAGGAAUGAAAGCAGAAAUGUUACUCCAUUUGGAUCCAAAAAGGACCCUUCUAACAACUCAAAAGCCAAACUGACGAUGUCCACUAGUCGUAAGAUAAAAUAAAUCGAGCAAGAGUCGUAAAGAUCUAUCUCACGAAGACAAUCUAAAAUCCAUUAAUGACGCUUACCUCUCCAAAGUACCCUGGAAGGGCAAAAUAAAAUGCACCGAUUGUGGCGAAAAAGGCUUCAAAGACCUCCGUUCCCUCACAAAACACCACCACAAAUCCUGUAAAGCCUACAAAAAAUGCGAUCGCUGAGACAAACUCCUAAAAAACUCCGACUACAGCCUCCACCAAUCCCGAAAAUGCAAGAACAAAUUGACCCUCAAGACCGAAAUCACCACUAAAACCCAAGAAGACCCACCCAAAUAAAAUAA